GAGUUUGUGACUGAGCCAGUUUGGAAGCUGAAGAGGAACAUGGACAGCCUUCUCUUUCCAAUCUUGCUAAUAUUUAUUAAAGAAGCUCAUGCGUUGACGCACAGCACUUCCACCAGUCUCCAACCACACAUGCCCAACGUGUGCUCAGAGAGGAAGGUGACGCUGGUUGCCCAGAGGCAGCCAUGUGUGCAGGCCUUCACACGCAUGGUUAAAGUGUGGAAACAAGGCUGUGGGGGCCAGUCGUGGUGCACGGGACACGAGAGGAGGACAGCAUAUUACACAGCAUACAGACAAGUGUACAAACAGGAUUAUCAGACUGAGUACAAGUGUUGCCCAGGAUGGUCCCACCUGACUGGAGAAGCAGGUUGUCUUCAUUUGAUGUGCAGCUAUGGAGUGUGCUUCAAUGGGGGCCGGUGUCGGGAAGGAUCGGCCCAGCUUUGUGAUUGUCCUGCAGGGUUUACCGGGUCCAGCUGCCAGUACGAUGUGAACGAAUGUGAGGAAACCAAUGGAGGUUGUGAGGCUCUCUGCUGUAACACCAUGGGGAGUUUUUACUGCAGGUGUCCAGAGGGGCAGAAACUGAAUGAGGACGGCAAAACAUGUCAAGAUAUUGAUGAAUGCCAGGUUCAUAAUGGAGGCUGCCAGCACAGAUGUAUUAACACCAGGGGAUCCUACUACUGCGAAUGCCUUCCCGGCUCUCGCCUUCACGUGGACGCACGCACCUGCCUUUCUCUUGAAGGCGCGAUCGAGGCCUUCUCCAGCGGAGGUACCAUUGAGCUGCCUCUUACUCGCCCCCAGCUCACUUUGCUGCAGGAUUACAGCCAAGCUCUGGAGCGUUAUGAUGACUACGAAGAUGACGAGGGUGAGCUGAGGGCUGAGAGCAGCCUGGCAGAGAAAUUCGUGUGUUUGAAUGACACGUUUGGCAGCGACUGCAGUCUGACCUGUGAUGACUGCACUAAUGGAGGAAUGUGCAACGUCUGGAGCAGCGGCUGUGAUUGCUCUGAAGGAUGGACGGGAAUCAUCUGCAACCAGACAUGUUCUGAAGGAUAUUUUGGUAAAAACUGCUCCUUCUCCUGUAAGUGUAAAAAUGGUGCCAGCUGUGAUCCAGUUAGUGGAAGCUGCCGCUGCCCUCCUGGUGUGCGUGGAGAUUUGUGCCAGGACGGCUGUCCUAAAGGCUUCUAUGGAAAACAAUGCAACAAAAAGUGUAAUUGUGCCCAAAAUGGCCGCUGCCACAGGACCUAUGGAGCCUGUCUGUGUGAUCCUGGACUUUACGGACGCUUCUGUCACCUUCCCUGUCCGAAGUGGACUUUUGGAGCUGGAUGCUCUCAGGAAUGUCAGUGUGACCAUAAAAACACAAAGGAAUGUCACCGUCGCCAUGGGACCUGCCUCUGUAAACCUGGUUACCAAGGAAACACCUGCAAGGAAGAGUGCGAACCAGGAACUUAUGGGUUCAGUUGUGACAAGAAGUGCUCCUGUCCACUGGGAGCGUCGUGUGAUCAUGUGACUGGAGAGUGCCAACAGAAAUGUCCUCCUGGUUAUCAUGGACUGAAAUGUGAACGAGAGUGUCCAGAGGGCAGGUUUGGAACAGGCUGCGUCCAUCCUUGUAACUGCACUGGAGCCUCGUGCGAUAAAGUGACAGGACAGUGUCGGUGUCCAGCUGGGAAAUUUGGACAGCAAUGUGAAAACUUGUGUCUGGAGGGUUUCUGGGGUCCCAGCUGCAAACACACCUGUCCGGUUUGCGAGAAUGGUGGCGAGUGUGAUAAGCACAACGGGUCAUGUCGCUGCCCACCAGGAUUCAUGGGAAGACUCUGUCAAAACUCAUGCCCGAGCGGACGUUUUGGUCAAAGAUGCCAAAUGAAAUGUGUCUGUGAGAACAAUGCUCGCUGUGACCCAGUGAGUGGGAGGUGUAACUGCACUUCUGGCUGGACUGGACACAACUGCAGGAAAGCCUGCGAUGCAGGACUCUGGGGAGCUGACUGUGCAGAAACCUGCGACUGCAGAAAUGGAGAUGGCAGCUGCAAUGCUGUGACGGGCCAGUGCAACUGUGAGGCUGGUUUUACUGGAACACACUGCCAUGAGAAGUGCCCAGCGGGUAUGUUUGGUCUUGGUUGUCGCCAUCAGUGUCAGUGUGAAAACGAAGCGCUGUGCGACCAUGUGAGUGGAGCUUGUACGUGUCAGGUGGGAUGGACGGGCACCUUCUGUGAAAAACGGUGUCCUCAGGGUUUCUAUGGUCUGGACUGUCAGGAGAAGUGCUUGUGUCUGAACGGCGGCAGCUGCGAUCACAUCAGCGGUGCUUGUUCCUGUCCAGCAGGCUGGAUCGGCCCACUCUGCAACCUGACAUGCCCAGCUAGUUUCUAUGGGAAGGGAUGUAACCAAACCUGUAGCUGUAGAAACGGCGGCAUCUGCCACCCGGCCAGCGGGCAGUGUGCAUGCACGCCGGGCUGGACCGGACCCACCUGCACAGAGCAAUGCCCUGCUGGAUUUUAUGGAGCGGGCUGUCAGCAGCGCUGCUUGUGCCAGAACGGAGCCACCUGUAACAAAACUAACGGAAAAUGUGCAUGUGUCAAAGGAUGGAUGGGCACGGCCUGUGAACUUGAGUGUGCAGUGGGUCAUUUUGGGGUGGACUGCCAGCAGCAGUGUGAAUGUGAAAACGGUCAGUGUGACCGACAGACAGGACGCUGCAGCUGCAGUGCCGGCUGGAUUGGAGAGCGCUGUGAAAAAGCGUGCGAAGCAGGACUGUUUGGUGUCGGCUGUAUGGAGCGGUGUCAGUGCGUGCACGGCGUUUCCUGUCAUCAUGUGACUGGAGAGUGCCAGUGUCUGACAGGGUGGAGGGGGAAACUCUGUGACAAAGUGUGUUUACCGGGUACAUUCGGAGAGCGUUGCAUGCAGCGCUGCAGCUGUGCACAGGGUACGUCCUGCCACCACACUUCAGGAGAGUGUGGCUGCCCUCCUGGAGUUACUGGUAUCGGCUGUGAGCAGGCUUGUAUCCCAGGAACAUUCGGGAGAAACUGUAACCAGGUCUGCCAGUGUUCAGAGACGAACCAGCUCUGCCACCCGGUGUCUGGAUCAUGUUACUGCGCACCAGGUUUCCACGGCCACAGAUGUGACCAAGUCUGUGAGGAAGGUCGAUAUGGUCCCAACUGUGAACGACAGUGUCAGUGUGAAAAUGGAGGGAGGUGUGUUCCCUCGACUGGAGCCUGUGAAUGUCCAGCGGGAUUUAUUGGGCCUCGCUGCAACACCUCAUGUCCAGCCGGGCGAUACGGGAUCAACUGCACCCAGGUGGUUCUGUGUGGAGAUGGAGCCCAAAACGACCCGAUCACAGGUCGAUGUGUGUGCGUCCCAGGACGCAGAGGAGGUGACUGUGGACGAGGCUGCCCCUCAGGCUGGUUUGGGUCAGAUUGCAACCAACGUUGUAAUUGCAGUAACGGAGGACUGUGCGACUCUGGCAGCGGUAAUUGCACCUGUGGUCUGGGCUGGACUGGUGAACACUGCAACACAGAGUGUCCCGUGGGCUGGUUUGGUGCCAACUGUCAGCUGAGGUGUAGCUGUUGGAAUAAUGGCUCCUGUGACAGAGUGAUGGGGACCUGUCAGUGCGGUCCGGGCUACUAUGGACAUCUGUGUGAACACGCCUGUCCUCCUGGUUUCCACGGCCCGCUGUGUCAGCUGCAGUGCGACUGUAAGAACGGCGCCUCCUGUCACCCUGCGUCGGGUCAGUGCAUCUGUCCUCCUGGAUAUCAUGGGACCCAAUGCCACAGAGUGUGUGAGCAGGGAAGGUAUGGCGAGGCCUGCUCCAAGGUGUGUGACUGCGACGACGGCGCUCCGUGCGACUCUGUGACUGGGACGUGCCUCUGCCCCUCAGGGAAGACUGGACCCAAAUGUGACAUCGACUGCAGAGCUGAUCGUUACGGUCCGGACUGCGUGGAGGCCUGCGAAUGUGAGAAUGGGGCGCAGUGCGACCAUCGCAGCGGCUGCUGUCUCUGCCCUCACAGCUGGAUCGGAGCCUCCUGUCAGGAAGGGGGACCUCCAUUCUACACCCACGGGAGCAACAGAGGGGACUCGCGAUUCAUUAAAACAGCUCCAUCUAGAUGGCAAAGUAAAACCGGCACAGACGAGCGAGUUUUUACUGAACAGACUGAAGUGAACGAAGGCGUAUGA